UUUUUGCUGCAUUAUUAUGCCUAUAUAAAUUGAGCAUAAAUUAAAAUUAAAUCCUAAUGAUUACAGUGAAAGGAGAUCAAAAUUUUAACAAUCUCGUAAAAUAGUGCGAAUGCCAAAAUGAGUUUCCUCACAGUGGACCGCCAGACUCCGUCCACGAGCGCGGAAAAAGAGUCUGAAGAGAGUGAGAAGAAUGAAGAUCUCGAGGUGGACAAUUCAUCCAGCGUGCUGCUCAAGAUCGCGACCCUGUAUGCCGAGCAGCUGAUGAGCGAUCUGGUGCUGGAGGUGGGAGGAGUAGCCUACCCAGCGCACCGGCUCAUACUCUGCGCCAGCAGUGAGGUGUUCCAGGUGAUGCUAAUGAACCGCGAAUGGAGCGAGUGGCGUGAGAGUCGCAUAGUGCUCCAGGAGACACCUCAGGCCUCUGCCGUCUUUCCACACUUUCUUAAGUACUUCUACACGGGCCAGAUCCGUAUAUCACAUACCACUGUGCUUCCCGUACUGUCUCUCGCUGACAAAUACAAUGUUAAGGAUCUGGUGUCACUAUGUCUUCGCUACAUGGGCUCGCACGUGGCGCAGGCGGCUAAGCGCGGCCGGCUGGUGGGGUGGAUGCAGUACACCAUGGCCUGCGGACACGCGCCGGUUGCCAAGGCAUGUCAAAACUUCGUGAAAUGGAACGUGGAGUGGGUGUGGUCGGAGCAGGAGCUCGCUGAGCUCGAGGGCGAGGCGCUGCUGCACCUCCUGCAGCAGUCGGACCUCGUGCUGCACAACGAGAUGACGCUCUAUCGGUUUGUAGUGCGGUGGCUAGAAUGCCAGCGCGAGCGACUGAACACCAGCGACCUGACGGAGGCGGAGAAAAAGGCGCACUGGCUGUCGCUAGUGCCGGCCGUGUUCUCACACGUCAGAUUCCCCAUGAUGUGUCCGAACCAGUUGGCGAAAUUACUUCUUUGUCCGCUGACUCAAGAGCACAAGGAGUUCUUCAUGGAGCGUAUGGCGAUCGCCAUGAGCUACCAGUCAGGUCAAUACGAGCGCGUAGCAGAGAUCCAGCAAACGGAGGCAGGUCGCAUGUUGUUCACACCGCGGCUCUACACUGAAGAUACUUGGGGUUCGGUUCUCGGCGUGGACAACUUCCACUCGCUGCCCUGCUACCACACCAGGACCUUCAUCUUCUCCAGUAAAUCGAGCAUGGGUGCGUCGUCGAGCGACCGGCUCACUGAGUGGACGGUGGACCUGUACCCGAAGGGCGUCUGGUUCAAGAAGAGCAUGCUCAUCGUGUGGUCUGGCACAUUUGAUGUGCCGGAGGUGGUGCUGCGCACGGUGCGCGUGUCCAUCACGUGCCAGAAUCCGCCAGACGCGCCCGAGUACGACGACCAGCAGGAACCCGACGUGCGGGUCAAGAUCGGCCUUCUAGUUUGGGGCGUGCAGAAGGGCGUGGAACAUAUCGCCUCUGUGGUGGAGAGAGUACACAGGUUCUCCGCCCAAAAUAGGGUGCUGAACAUAGAUGGCGCGCUGGACUUCGACGAGCUGAACACGCCGCUGUACUCCCCCGCGUGCCGCCCCGCCUGCCGCGAGCCCGCGCAGGCCUCCGCCUCCUCGCAGCCGCACAAGGAGAGUUGUCCGAAAUGCAGCGAAAGGUGCGAUAAUCCGGAGCCAAAGCAUCUCUUGGGGCCCAACAGGGACCAACUUAGAAUCCAGGUAGUAAUCGUGCCGCUAACAGACUACUGUCACGUCGGGACCCCCGACACGGCCACAUGACCUGCCGUCCUCAUCAGACCGAGGCGGCCUCGCACCAGACCGAGGCAAUACCGCUUAAGCUUGAACAGGGCUUGCACUAUCGACUGCGACAACAUACAGUGGGUGUUUGGAAAUCGACAAUAGGGGCAACAAACCUACAUAUUUACCUUUAUCGCUUCAAGUGGCGGUCAACCCGUUAAUGCUCGGUUCGACAAGCAGUAAACUGGCAGCCCAUCACUCACGGGUCGAUGCGAAAACCAGUAAACUGUCGGCCACCAGUGAGUGGCUUAUGAGGUGUUGCCGUAUUUGGAGAUGAAAUUAAAGGCAGUUACGCUCUUCUAGCGGCCAAAAUUAGGGCUGAUUUAGACGGCGCACGAACUCGCAUGCGAUUUUAGUUACAUUGCGGACUGUUGGUUACGUCCAAUUCAACCGACCGAUCAAAAACCGCAAUGUAAUGAAACUCGCAUGCGAGUUCUCGCAUCGUCUAAAUGAGUUCUUAGGGUGCCGUUCUCACCAGACCGAGGCAAUAUCUCUCAAGCUUAAAUACAGUUUGGCAGUCAAAACAGAUGGCGCUGUACCGCUAUUAUGUUUUGUAGACGCUGAUUUGUUAAACUUUAACUUUUGGCAGCCAGAGUUGCCGCAUAAUGUACGGAGCCAUACAGCGCCAUCUACAUUAACUGGCAGAAUGAAAGCAAUUUUUCUUAGACUAGUCAUUGCCUUCAUCAAUCUAAAUUCACAUUUUUGUCAAAGCGAAUGAUCGUUUGUUGUCAUGUCAGGCGUGGCUCACUCCGCGAAUUCGUCGCUUUGCAACAGGUAGCUACAAGUGCAUCCGUUCAACACCAAUUUUGGUGGCUAGCCAUAAGCCGCGCGUGGCGCUGUCGCCACCUAGCGGCCAUAUCUGUUCUGAUCGUAACAGACGCGUUUUGUUAGAGAGUGAGUCUUCUGUACCUAGUACUAUUAUUUAUACUGUGGUCAUGCUUAAAAAUAUGUAAGGUGCAAUAAAUGUAAUUUUACGUGCUAGAUAGAUAA